GAGUAAAAAUAAAUAAAAAUUUUGGGGGAAUAUGUCAAUUAAAUACUGUAAAGUAAAAAACAGAUAAUUUUAGUUGAUGUUGACUUCAUAUUAAAGUGUAUAAAUUUGGUAGGGUAGUUGAGCUGUUGGAGUGGUAGGAUAGAGAAAGAAGGAAGGAAUGCAAGUACACGUUUCAUCUUGGGCUUAUUCGUGGACUCGUAGUUUGACGAAGACUUUUGAGAAUUGAUAUUCCGGCCGAUCCCUCUGGCGACGAAUGUAAGAAGUGCUACCACAAUGUUAUCGAUUAAUUUUUUAAGUACCUCUGAGUCAGUAAGCAAACGAUCAAAUAACAUUAAUAGGAGAGUGAACAAUAUAAAAUUAUUAAUGAGGUUCUCAUUUCUUAUUGUGGUUUUCAUAAUAACAACCAAAUUAUUAUCGCCGGCUAGCGGGAGUGAAUCAUUGGGAAACCCGUAUAAAAUAUUAGGUGUUCACAAACGUGCCACCUUACAAGAAAUUCGAAAGGCAUAUAAAAAUCUUGUCAAAGAAUGGCAUCCAGAUAAAACUGAUCACCCUGGCGCAGAAAAUAAGUUUGUAGAAAUUACUAAAGCGUAUGAGAUCUUAACUGAUCCAGAAAGAAGAAAGAAAUUUGAUAAUCAUGGCAUUACAGAAGAAAGUAUCUCUAGACAACGUAGAGAUAAUAGUCACUUUAAUAAUGUUCUUGAUCCUUUGGAAGAAUUGUUUGCUGGAAACUUCAAGUUUCAUUACCAAAAUCGAGAUAUUUCACUUUUCUAUAAGAUGAGUAUUACAUAUCGGUCAUUUGAAAAUGUAAUCGUACCAAAAACUUAUCGCACACCUUAUAUGAUAUUAUUUUAUUCGGAUUGGUGUUUUGCUUGUUUGCAAGUAGAACCAACAUGGCGUCGACUAAUUGAUGAAUUAGAGCCAUUGGGUCUUGGUUUAGCAACUGCUCAUGCAGAGAAAGAAUCUGCUUUAGCAAGGAGACUUGGUAUUCAUUCUUUACCAUGUCUUGUUGUUAUAAUAGAUGGCCGUAGUAGCGUCUAUAAGGAAUCACUCUUUAGUAUUCAAAAGAUUGUUGACUUUUUACGAAACAAAUUUCCAUAUAAAUUAAUACCUAGUAUAAAUACAAAUAACGUAGACAACUUCCUCUCAGGAUGGAUAGAUAAUCGAAUUCGAGCUUUAAUAUUUGAUAAGAAAGAAUCUGUACGGUUACGAUAUUUAUUUAUUGCAUUUUAUUAUAGAGAUCGUGUUGCAUUUGGUUUCGUUCAGAUGGACAAACCAGAAACAGAAGCUAUUGCAGCUAAAUAUAAAAUUUCAAUGGAUUUAGAUACUCUAUUAUUAUUUAAUGAAAAUUCUGAAAAACCUAUGGCAUCUGUUAGUAUGAAGGAUAUAUCUAGCGAUACAAUGCAUAAUGUAAUUUCAAAUAACAAAUUCCUUGCUUUACCAAGACUUUCAAAUCAAGCAAUGUUAGAUUCUGUUUGCCCUCCUGAAUGGCUGAGACCUCAAAAACGAUUAUGUGCUGUUUUAAUAUCACAACAGAACAGUCCUCUUCAUGAUUUAGCUAGACAUAAAUUUAGACAAGCAGCUUUAGAAUCGUCUUACAGCACGGAACGUGUUAGAUACACGUACGUAUUUAAAGACACACAACCUGAAUUUGUAUCAGCAUUGUCAACGGGCGAAGGCAGUCCUUUAGAACCUUUAUUACAUAUUGUUAUUAUUUGGAGAAGAGACGCGAAUCAUUUAAAAUAUGAAUGGUUACCUACUGAUUGGAUUGAAGCUGCUCAAGAUGAAACUCAAUGGAAUGAAACACGUCAAAAUUUAGAACAAACUAUACAAAGAUUAUUGCGUGUAUCUGAAGCUUUGCCCUAUGCUGCAGUUGUAGGAGAAUUGGCAGAUGAACAUGCACAGGGUACCGUAGAUAAACUUAUAGGCAAGGCAUUGUUAGCUGUAGAUUAUAUUUCGGAUAGUCUUACUAAAGAGCAGAUAUUACCUUUGGUAUCGGUAAUAGCUACUUUAAUGUUAAUUGGUGCUGCAGGAUAUGGAAUGUCAUAUUUAGUUAAAUUAGAAGAAGCGAGUGUUCAAGCUGAACGUGCUCAAUGUAAAGAUAACAGUAAAUCGACACCGUCUCAACCACAAUUACGAUUACACGAAUUGCGAGCAGAGAAAUACAAUGGUUUGGUUCGAUUAUUAAAACCAGGCUGUAGAACUAUUAUACUAUUAGUUGAUGUUCAAAGUAGGCUAAAACUAUUGCCAGCUUUUCAUAAAGCUGUGUGGCCUUAUAGGAAAAAUAAAACCCUUAUGUUUGGGCACAUGUCUCUUGAAAGAGGGUUAGAUUGGUAUAAAAAGCUCUUAUCCCUCACAUUACCAGAACAAAAAGAACUAAAUAUUAAUGCAAAGAAUUGUGUGGGAACUGUAUUAUCUUUGAACGGGCAUCGUAAAUAUUUUUGUAUGUACCACGCUAAACAUCCAGAAUGUACUAAAGGCAAGGGUUCAAAGAGGAUAGAACGAAUGACAAAACAAUUAACUCGAAGGACAGAUGAUGCAGAAGCUGGUGCAUUUAUUGGAUUUGACAGUUCUAAUGAAUCUGAUCUUUCUGAAGAUGAGAGUGGAAAUAAUGUUUUAUAUCAGGACAAUCUUCUGGAUGGUUUACCUAUGUGGUUGGAUAGAUUAUUUGAAGGUUUAACACAUCGUUAUUAUGUAAACUAUUGGCCCGAGUUCACUGCCAAGUAAAUACAAACAGAUAUACAUUCUUGUAAUAUGUAUACUUUUGCAAUAGAAAAAGGGAUCCAACUAGUCAACAAUAUCACACAUCAUUUUAAACUUCUAUAUCUUUAAUUUCAUGUAAAAUUAAGACAUGUUCAUUGUACAUGAAGUAUUCAUGAAUCUACUCGCGAUUUUCUGUACGCAUCAAAUUUAGGUAUUCCGUUAACGACACUUAACAGAGAUUUUAUAAAAUAUCAUCAUAAUCUAGAUCUGAAUAAUUCUAGAUCUAAAGUUACUUUCUUUCCAUUGGUUUUCUGCGAGUAAUGAUCAUCCUUGUAACUUUUAAUAUCUCGUAAACAAUUCUAGUCGAUACCAUUAAAGAGAUAUAACAGUAUUUAUAUUACAUGUCUAAAUGCUAGACAUCGCAUAUUUAUAUAUUUGUAAUAUGUCAACAAUUUCCGUUCUUG